CUCGUUCGAUUUUUACACCCUGAGUACAUAAAUAUUUUCUAUGUAAAUCAUUAAAUGUUUUCUGAUAAAAUAAUGAACUUAAUUAAAUUUCGGGAGUAUUUGUGAGUUUAUAAGUGAAUGAAAAAUGUUUAGGAUGUAUUGUUUUUGAUAACAGAGCCUAAUUUACUAAAGGCUGGUUGACUCACAUCCGUGUGCUCCGGUAGGCUUCGCCGUCGCUCGUUGUGUUCGGUCACCGCUGUUCUCGCUCCCACAGCAUACUACAUUGCCAUAUCCUUUGUGCUUUGCGUGCUUGUUACGCAUCGAUUUGGGCUAAACGUUAGAUACCACCUAACAAUCGUUAGGGUGUAGUGUUUUGCUGUUAAAUAUAAUAUGCACGGUAGCUGGAAUGUAAGAGGGAAUUUUUAUGGAAGUGCUGUUUAUUAAAUAAAAAUGCGGUGAUUUAUUCAAGAACUCGAUUCAAAUAUCUUGUGGGCUCUUCUUACCUGUUAAACGGAUUCAACGUGAACGAUCAAAGAUGUCUCGCUUUGGAUUGCGUAGUAGCUCAGAUAUCUUCAAAGUAUCUGAGGAGCAGGCAAAUCGGAAAAAAAUAGGCACCGAUAGCAAAAUGCCAUUAAAACGAGCAUGCCAGAAGAAAAAGAAAACUAUCGGUUUAGAAAACGAUGGUAAAUUAAACGAGUCGAGUAAUCAAAAGGAGGAAAAUAAGCCGUCGGUAUCUAUUGUGUGCAGUUUGCCUCUAAACCGAUUAACGGGAUUUAUAGAAAAACUCAACACAAACAAUUUGAGUUUUGAUACAAGAAAUCAAUAUAGUCAAAAGACUUCCCAUAAUGAAGAGAAAAUAGUAGAAAGAGUAAAUUUGUGCGAGAAGCAAACAAAUAGAGCUGCCUAUGACAAUGUUGGUUCAAAUCAUCAGGAAUUCGACGAGUGUACUUCACCUUUGGAGGAAAGUAUCAGAAUUCUUUGUUUGUACUGUGAUAAAAAGUUCACGUCCUACAAAAUGCAACUGAAACAUGUGGAAAAGUUUCACAUUCAAAAUAAGAAUCGUAGAUGUAGUGGUCGCAACUCACAAAUGGCACCGCUAAGCGAUUCAAAAAAGCAACGAGUAGAGCCUUGUAGUAACGUAUUAGCAAAAUAUCCCGGAUGUACAUAUUGCAAACGGUCUAAGAGUCAUCAAAUAGAAGCAUCGACGAAGGAUUUAAAUGGACUUUUUCUUCAUUUUAUUGAUUGUCAUUCGGAUAAGUAUUUUGGUUGUAAGGCGUGUAUGCAACGUUUUCAAAACGUUACAAAAUUAUCUCGACACAUGCAAACCGUUCAUAAAGAUACACCUCUAUUGCAAGAUGAUAGUCCAAAAAAUAAAGAGUUUGAUUUUACUAUGUUAUUGGAAAAGGACGAUUCUGAAAAAAAUAGUAGAGAGAGGGGAAAAGCUACAAAGGCAAGGUGUUCUAAAUUACAAAAAAAUGUAAAUAUUAUGAACAUUGUGGCCACAUCUCCGGAAGAUCCUAGUCCCACCAAUUCCAACACUAUAAUGGGUGCUGAAGAACCUAUUUUAUCCAGAUUAGGUCUUGCCCAAAAUAGACUGCCAAAUAGCAGAAAGGGGGUUCGUUCACGAAAAGACAGCAUUUUAUCAGAUUCCAUUUUGAAGCCUGACCAACCAUCUGUUUAUAUGUCUGCCGUUAAAGCGCGUAAUAAAUCUGGGAAAAAUGCAGUUAGAGAAAGUGGUGAUGCUGAAGUAGUUUUUCGUAUGCCGACAAGGACGGAAAUGUUAUCCAGUGUCUUUGAUGAAAACUUUUAUAGAGAUGUCGUUUCAAAUGUGCGACAUAAUCUUUUAUAUUAUUUGGAUGGAAAACUUUUUGGAGAUGUCGGUAGUGCCAUUAAUAUGAAUACAAACGUUUCUGCCGUAAAACAUCAAAUACCAACGAUUCGAAGUACAUUGGCCGAGAGUCCUGUGGUGCUGGAUGGAAGUAAUGCUUUGGACAGUGAAAUUCAUGCUGCAACAAGUCUUUCAACAGUCACAGCUUUUCCAACACUUUUAACGGCAGAACAAUAUGGGGGUGAUGCAGUUUUAUCAAAAAUUCGUAGACCGCAUACAAAACACUCUUGGAAAUGGAAAUGGGAUAGCGUGAAGAAGUUCAAAUUAAUAAAUGAAGGUGGUAAAAUAGUAAAGAAGAUGAAGCAACCUAUGCUGGGGCUUCGUGAUUUAUCAAAACUUGAUAUGUGGACUCAACUGUCAAUGCGUCAAAAACAUGAAAUACAGCAAUAUAUUUUAAAUGCCGUGUCGCAUGCUAAUGAAAGCGUUCGGGAAGAGAAACAACGUAUCAAUGAACAGUUGAAUUAUAUUCUUGAUAUGCGUUUAUUACCACAUAUCAUCUUGGAGCAAAAUGAGCAAGCUAUAAUAAAAAUUGAAAAUGAUGAAUUUGGCACAUUAUCAUACUUGCAAAAUACUGAGGAGGAUGGAGCAGAAAAUAUUCUUAACCAAUCUUUUGCUGAUGACACCUUUUUUUCCGUACUUGAACUUUUGCCCAACCAUGAGCUUCAAUGCCAUCGAAAUCAGCUGGUAUUGAGCGGAGAAUGGGCGCGGCCACGAUGCUAUCUUUGUAUGUGUUGUGGAGCUAAAUUUGAGAAACUAAAGUCCUUAGAGGAACAUAAAAUGUUUCGUCACUCUCACGUCCUUUCCACUCACUAUGAGGUGGUGGGACGUGAAUUACUAGCAGGCAAUUCGCUGCGUCACUUAUUCAUACCUAAUCGAGCACUCAGUUAUUAUGGCAAUGAGAGUUACAGUAACCCCAAUAUUAUACGUAAAUUUGGUUGGAGAAAAAUUGAGUUGCAUGAUAUGAACCGAAGAAUGAUAACAGGAGAUGAUGACUCUUCUGAUAGCAUUCAAUCUACUGUAAAUAGCUGCACCUUAAAUGCUUACAGUGCAAAGCAUAGUACAACUACAGAUGAGUGUGACACCGACACCAAAACCACCUUAGACAUAAACACCGGUUCCCCAUCGAAUAGUAUGCAAUCAUCGAACUCCUUAUUUACUGCACCAUUAAAAUUGCAUCUCAAAUGCAAAGAUGGAAGAUCAAUCUCAACAAAAUGUUCCAAGUGUACUCGCCGAUGUAAUGGCACUUUGGAUUUGUAUCGACAUAUGCUAGAUUGCUCAGGCGAUUAUAUUUGGUCUCUGGCGAAGAAAAGAAAAUAUCGUUAUUAUUGCGGGUCGAAAAAACGCCGUUCCUGGAACAAACAUAAUUUUGCAGAGUUGCGUAAGAAACAGCCAAAAAUAUCGAAGCCUUCGCCUCCAUCAAACGAUACUGAAGAGAGUGUUUCUUCCUCUAAAGUUAAAACACCAUCUAGGCCACGUCCCAGUGAUGCUGAAUCAAUUAAAAAGAUGCUGGAAAAUCUGCCGCCUAAACGAAUUUGCAAAAAAAUAUUUCCCGCUUUGACCAAAACAAAAAAGUCAAAAUUUAUAACAAAACAUAAAAUAUUUAGCAGUCAAGGAAGACUGAGAUCCACACGCGCCAGAAAAAUGUCCAAGCUUUCAAAGGCUAAAAGUAAAUAUUCAAACAAGGCAACUAAGAAUAAAAAAGUAUUACAUCAUAAAGCGGAGAAAAUAAUGGCAAAACACAAGUCAAAAAAUUUACUAAAACUGGAUAGAGCGUUAGAGAGUAAUACCAGUAUGAAUAUUUUUUCAAAGAAUUUAGAGAAAGAAAACCUCCGAAACUCUAAGAGUCCUAAUGAUAAAUUACCUCCAACCGAUAUGACUGUGGAGAAUAAAGCAGGGGCUUCUGUAGAAACAGAUACCGGCAAAUGUAAAACUCCUUCAACGCCUGCAAAGGAAAAAAUAACUGCUGUGGAAUGUACAGCUGAACCAACAAACAUUGCACUAGAUCAGGGAAAUAUCCCAACCGAAAGCCGUAUUUGUGAUAGCUUACGUUCAAACAAAUCGGGACAACAAACGGAUUUACAAAAUCGAACGGCUUUAGAUAGUUCAGCAAAUUAUGAAGUCAAAAAUAAUUCACAAUAUACUGACAACGUUACUUGCAAUAAGAAAAGAAGCAAGAAAAUAAAUGACUGUAUUGCAAUGCUUACCGGAAAACUGGAAGAAAAACUGAAGACUGAACAAAAUUCACUAAACAAGGAUGAGCCAUGCAUAGAAGCGGAUAUAAGCAGUGAACAAAAGACCAAAUCAGGCUCGGAAAUAAAACCGCCUAAGAGAAAAACGCUUUCACGAAAGAUCAUUAAAAUGGACAAUAUAACUACCCAUACAACAUUGGCUAAAGUUCAAACAGAACUGGUAUCUACAACGAUAGGUCCAACAAAUAUACCAAAAUUACCAAGCGCACCAAUCGUGCCAAACGCAGCAAAUGCAAAAAUGAUAUCUACGAUACCAACGUCGUCUAAUACAGUAUCGACAAUAUCGACAUCAAAAACGAGUACCCAAACUAGUUCAAAUGUGAAUUAUCUUCCAAAGGCCGCUAAUAUAAAUCUGUUGCAGGAAAAUAAGAAGUGUUCCCUGUUGAAUAAACAGGCAACACAAAUAAUAACAGUAAAUAUGGAUCCGGUUAUGUCUACAUUACCUACGAUUUCAUUGCCUACUUCUAAUGUGAAUACGGCUUUGUUGUUGUCGAAACAACCUGCUGCCAUGAUUGUGGAUAAAAUGAAAAAAAUACCACCAACACUAUCGCAUUCAAAUCCAAUUACUGAAUUGGUUCCUUCUUUUCCAACACUGCCACUUGCUCUUCCAAUGCAAAGUAUACAACAAGUUAAUGCAUCUAUACCGCCGCCGCCACCGCCUGUUUUAUCAGUAUUACCACAACCAUCACUUUUAUCUACACCGGUGCCUAUCACGCCUGUAGUACCUGUCGCACCUAUGGCACCCAUAGUACCCGUCGCCCCAAUGACACCUAUUUUGCCUGUGGCCCCGAUGUUCAAUUCAGAGCCUUUAAAUUUAUCGAAUACAAAAAAUAUCAAAAAACAUAAUCCAAACGAUCUAGUUUGCUUACCUCCAUAUCGAAGUGGCCUACCAGUAAGAAGACAAACAAUUUGUGGUUUUGAGGCAAGAAAUUUCAUUCUGGAAGAUGAACCUUUGGAUCUUUCGAAGAAAUCGAAUAAAGAUCAAACACAAGAUGUCUCUGCUGUAAUAACACUUAUGCCUAUGGUAAAGCCUAUAGAAACGCAUCCUAUAACUCCAGUAGGUAUCAACUUGGCCAUUGCUCCGCAUCAAGAUGCUGCUUUAAAUAAGCAAUUUUAUUCUAAUUUGGAACUUUUAAAAAUCCCGCAGAUACGAAAUCCUGCAAAUACGACCAGCAGUGAAGCGGUUUUUGUAAAUUCCACUCCUAAGUGCGCAUCAAAAAAAAGAAGUGGAGGCAAAACCAGCACCGAAAAUACCUCGAAACAAGUAGCAUCCAGUAGCGGUAAAGGAACCAAUAAAGAAACUUCAGUAAAUAAAAAAGAUAAUUUGCUGAAAGGAAAAGCUUCUCAAAAAAUGGACGAUGAGGUUAUUAAUCACAUCGACGACGCCAUUAACUCAGUAAUUAACGCUGUUAAGGCAAGUUUGCCAGAUAAUGAUGAAGAGAACAAUGGCAAAAAUUAUACUUUGAUUAAGGAGAGUAACAAUGAACAACCAGAUAUUCCGAUAUCUCUAGUAAAUCUAAGAAAACCAGCUCACGUAGAGAGUAUGCCGCAAACACAGCCAACGUCGUCAGCGCAAGUUGUAACGAAACCGCCAUUGUUAGACACGUCCCUUAACCUGCCAAAAUGCAACGAAGAAGCAACGAAAAAUGAAGAAGAAAAUACUAAAACAAUAAAGCCUUUGGUGUUUUUACCUCAAAAACGUUAUGCACGGUCAAAAACUUUAGAUUGUCGUCCAAACGUGCUAGCAAUAACACCAGAAAUUGUAUCAGAUAGUUUGCAACAUAUACCUGAUGAACCCGUGCCUGUGCCUAAGCAAAAUGUUACAGCAGCAAAUACAUUAACAACUCCUAAAAACUCUGAAUGUCCUACAAAUAUUGAAAAUUUCCCAGAAGGUAUAACUGAAUGUCCUAACAUAGACUAUAAACUGAAACCCAGGAAUGGCGAAAACCCACUUCAAGACCCCGAAACAUUAUUGUGCCACAAAACAAGCAAUGAUUUAAGUUUUUCCAAUGAAACGCAAAUAAUUGAGAAGGAACCCUCAAGUUUUCCUGCUGAACCCCAUAUCGAGAUAAAUAAAUGCGUUUCGCCAGCAGUUGAAACUUUCAACGAAAUAAAUCCCAACAUGAUAACUGAAGAAAAUAUGAGUAACAUAAAUAAUACGUCAUCUGGCUUUCAUAGUUGCGGUCAGGUAGAGAAUACUGUUGAGGCAAAGAAAAAGCAAAGACGCCGGCGUAAGAAUGAAUUAGCUGCAAUUGUGGCCGAUCAACUUUUGGAAAGCUUUAAAAUUGAUAAAACUCGACGAGAUAAUCUUAAAAAGCUAGAGAAUUUAGCCUAUGAGAAAAGUGAGGACCUAUUUGUAACAGGAAUGCUUUUAAUGUCAAGUACAAAACGAAAUGUUACAUGUUCUAAAACCGAGCAGCUAAACAACGAUGUAAAUGCGAAUAAAAACUCCGAAGGUGCAAGUCGACAAAAACAAGAUCAACAGAGCAAAACCAAAACAAGCAAAGUUCGACAUAAACCAAAUGCCAGCUGCAAUAAAUCUCUUCAACUUACAGAUACAGUAACAGCAGCGACGAGUAUAAAUAAUGCACCUAGUGAGAAAUCCAAAGAGAAAGACGUUGUCGUUAAAAGAAAUAAAAAACGCAAUUACCGUGGCAAAGGGAAACCGUUAGAUAACGAAAACAUUAGUAAACUGAAAUCGUCACUUGAAUCAUUCUCUAUAGGUAUAGAAAAACAGCUUACAGAAUUAGAAGCAAGAAGCUCGGCUACCAUUAACAUUUCUGAAACAAAAGUGUUGAACCCUUCACCAGCUGCUGUUAGACCAUCGCUUAUAAGACCGAGCAUCCUAUCUGCUAAUAUGGAAUCAAGUAUAAAUGAUCAUAAAGCACCAAUUAUAGAAAGUAAAAGCGCUGUCUCCAGUCGUGAUCCGCGACUUAAUAAGAAUAUACAUAAAAAUGAAAAUAAUGAAUUUUCGGAAACCACUGAUUGCGAAAAGGAUAAGAAUAUGGAAGAAAUAGGUGAUGUUGAAGAAGAUAAUUAUCUUACAGAAAUAGCUAAAAAUGUUAAUGAAAAGAUUAUGUCUUCAGAGAACGAAGAAUUUAUGUUUAUGAAUGAUGGCUUUGAAUUGGCUAAUGAAUUGCAGGAUGAUUCAAAUAGUAAGUUUUAUAGCCGGCCGCCAACGUCUAUGAGUGUUCGAAGUGCUCCAAAUUUUAAUGAUGAUCGUUCAAAUUUCGGUUCUAUAUGCGAUGAAAAUACAAAUACAGAAGUAAUGGAUAUGGAUUUAGAGGAUGAACUAAGCGUGUAUACCAGUUAUUCACAAGAUGUGGGAAGAGGGCGGGGCAGAAGAAGACGUCGACGAAGAAGCAUUUUAUUGAAACGGAGACCAAAAAAGCGUGUAAAUCAUGACACAUCUGCGGAAAAAUUUGAAUGUACUUUAUGCAAAAAAAUAUUUUAUACAUUGAACUCUUUAACAAAACACAAUAUGACAUUAGCUCAUGUAUCAAAAUUAUCUGCACAAGAAUACCUACUAUCUAAAACAUUGGAGAAAACAUCAACAACUCAAAUUAACGCAACUGACAAAGACCCACAAAAAUGUAUGCCAAUUGAAUUUAAUGUUUCAAAAAAAUCUGCGGAUAGAAAUGAUAUCAAUCGAAUUCCCGAGUUAAAACAAUCUGAGUUCACUGAAUUACAACAUAAUAAUCAAGAACGAGUUCAUAAUGCUAACAGUAUCGAAAGGCGUGAGCUAAAUGAUGGUGGCAAAGGUAAAACACCUUUUAACAAUGCAUCACGCCUAAAUCUUAAUCCAGAUGAGCGGCUGUUCUUCGAAUGUUGCAACAUAUUGAAGGGCGCGGAAACUGCUUGUGUAAAUAAUGGUGAUGAUAACAAUGGCGGUGGUGUGUUUGAAUAUAAUUUUAAAGACAAACCACAAAUGAAUGUAGUCCAAAGCAGCAGUUUCAAAUGUCUAAGAUCUGAAAUACCAAAAAAACAAUUUACGCCUGAAAGAGCCAGCUGUAAAUCCGGCGCCUCUCAGCACGAAUUUAGAAGUCCACCUGUUCUUCCGUCAACAAUUGUAAACAAAGGAGGACCUACGAUUCCACGUGCUUCUUCACCUAACUAUUCCGGGGCUUCCCAGUUUUCUGCGGUAACAAAUGCAACAUCCAGAUUUAAAACCAAGGCUGCCAUGAAGGGUUACGAGAACACUAAUAUUGACUUAACAAUAUGCAAGGAAUUAGAAACAAAGUCUCCAGCUGUAUGCAAAUUGACUGAGUUGGCUGAAAUUGCCUUGGGGAAUGAGAAGUCUGAUUCGCCAGAAUUUACAUCUCUAUCAAAUCAGCAAGAAGGUUCAAUAUUUCGACCAAUAACGAGCCGAGAAUAUAUAACAUCAUCGGCUGCUGUUGACAAUCCCAAAAAUUGUGGUGAUGGUAAUGACGAUCGAAUUAAAAGCAGUGAAGCUCACAGUUCAACAUCGUCAAAAACUAUAAUGCAUUCUUCAAAAAUAAAAUCUGUCGUAGAAGAACAUAGCAAAGAGACCUGCAGAAAAAUUGUAAUUCCAGAUAGGCCAUUUAAAAAUAUAGGUCUUGAGGAGAAAGAAACAAUUACUUUUCAAAAACCGAAAACUAGCAUUAAUUUGCUGACAGAUGAUAACAGUGUUUCGACAACUAGCUACUCUGAUCGGGACGAUUUUGACUUUGCCUCCAUGAGUUGCGAUGAAGAACCUAGUCCGAAGGUUAGUAACGAGAGAAAUGUCAAAAAUAAUUCUGACAGUAGUUCUAGUCGAGCAACGGCUAAAACUUUUGAAAAUAAGUCUCUCAUAAUGGAUCGUAUAUUUAAAAAUAUGGGCACGAAGGCCAAGUCAUCUGUUAAAGUUCAAAGCAUAGGCAUACAAAAAGACCCGCCACCACCUAAAGCUGAUAUUAAUCAAUUGUUUGAUGAAUUACGCGGAGAUUGCGGAGCUAAAAUAAGACCAUCAGAAAAUGUUUUGAAAAAACAUACCAGCUUAGAAAGCACCGAUAACUUGCAAGCCAAGCAAAGGCAAACAACUUCCCAGGCGGAGGUACCACUACCGUUUAAGCGCGUACCAAGAGAGACUCGAAAAAAGUCGAAUGUUAGUGCAAAGAGUCAAAAAGAAAUUACCCGACUCCAAUCUGAAUUAGGUAUGAGCCAAGAGGAGAUAGUCAAGCUGAUUAACGAAGGGCAAAGAAAAUCUAAAAGACGUUGUGCUACGAAUAGACCGAAAAAACUUGUGGAAAUGUGGAGUUCUGAUGAGUAUGAAGAGUUUUUGUCCACGAAAGAUAUCAUAGCCCUGAUAGAGGAAAAAGAAAAGCAAGAAACGCGAAAAAAACGUAAAAUCGCAAAUCAAUUGAGCACAUGCAACAACAAAACUAAAGUAAUUGAAACUCCUAAGUUAAUAGCGAAUAGACGAAAAAGUGUAAGAUGUGUAACUGAAAAAGAAGAAAAACUUUUAGGGCCAUCUACAGAAUUGCAAAAGAGUGAAUGCGGUAAAACGAAUGGUGCUGCGAAGAUCCAGAACAACCACAUGCCUACACAUUCCUUGGAGAGCAAAGGGAAGAAUACUCGUAGUUGCACAGUAGCUGAAAGCGAUAUUAAACUCAAAAAUAGUAUUAGUAGUGAAUUAAACCAUAAAAGUACAACUAAUCGCAUAAAUAAUAAGAAGAAAAAGCCUUCCAAGGCCAAUUCCGAAGCUGUUGUUGUACCCAAAUCGUUAGCGUUAAUUAAGGAUACUAAAAAGGCUUCUAAAAUCGAAUCUUCCCCAGUCUGUGCAAAAGAUACGCAGCCAGAGAAAGAUGAGAAAACAGAUAAAUAUUUAUCCGAAUUGAAGCAAACUAAUUCUAGAACUAGAAAUAGCAGAGAAAAAAAAUAUAGCGAUUCUAAGGAAAUUGUAAAUAACGUAAAAACAUUAAAUAGGGAACCUUGCACUAGUGUUGUAGUUAGUAAGAAGCACAUCAAUAAUAAAAAUAAUAAUAGCCAGAGUUAUAAAAGUCGGAGGAAAAACCAAUCAAAUCAAUCACCACCAAGGCGAAAACGUUUGGCUUCCGAAAAAUUAUAUUACUGGUCGUCAUCAAGUGAUGAAGAUUUUGGAAAAAUUAAUUCAACUUGUGCGCAAGAAUUUGAUGGCGGGGAACAAUAUCAAAAGCAUGGGUGGAUUGUUGGAGAUUCACACAAAAAAUUAGUGACUUUACUCGCAAUAGCAAAAGGAAACAAAAAAGUUGAUAAUAGUUGUGGAGUAAAGAAAAAUGUUUGCAGAAAGAAAAAUUAAUGUUAAAUAAGUAUGUAAAUAUAAAAUUUUAAAAUUAAGAUAAUAAUGUUAUGUGUAUAACGGAUUUUUUAUUAAAUAUAUUUUUAAAAUAAAGCCUAGCU